CGUACACCACCCAAGAUUUACUUAAGAGAGUAUGUGUCGAGAGCUCACUAGCUAGCUAGAAACCUCCAACGAUAUACUGUAGUUGAGAUUGCCUAGCCUGCUUCUAUAAACUCUCCUGCCUGCUCCACUUGUGUUGGUGCCACCCAGAUCCGAAUUCCCAUCCAAACAUCUCGAAUCCUCCUCAACUUCCAUUAGCAGAAUGCUUGUAGCUCCUGGGCACUGCAGGUAACCAGUUUUUUUUUUUGGGAGUACGUAGCCGCUCCUGUAGAUACAAUGGAGUCCUCUCGUGGUGCUCCACCUUGCUCCGACGCAGGCGGCGGCGGCCUCGUCGACGGCAGCGGCGGCGCGCGUCUGUUCCCGUGCCUGUUCUGCAGUAAGACGUUCCUCAAGUCGCAGGCGCUGGGCGGGCACCAGAACGCGCACAAGAAGGAGCGCGUCGCCGGCAGCGGCAGCUGGAACCCCUGCGGCACCUCCUCCUACGCCGCCACGCUCGAGCUCGACGCGCUCGCGGCCGCCGGCAUCAGCGCGCUUCCGGCCACGUCGACGCUCAUGGAGGGCGCCCCGCACUGCGCCGGGGCUGGGGAGGCGUCUUUCAGGGCCGCCGCCGCCGCGGCGUCGCUGAGCUUGGAGCUUAAGAGGUGGACCGGUGGCCACGCGGCGCCAGCGGCCCUGCACGGCAGCGCCGGCCCGGUCGAUGAGACGCUCAACUGGACAAGGGGCACGCAGGCGUCCGCCGCGGCCCCCAAGGCGGCGACGGACGCCUCCGCCGCCGGUGUGGAGCCCGACCUCGAGCUGAGGCUGUAGCUAGCUCGGGGACGACGAGCGCGCGUACGUGCUGGAUCCAUGACCGUACCCUGUAAAUUGCUUCGCUUGCUUGCUUGGAAUUGGAAUAUGGUGUGUUCAUUUUACCUUACCAUUCAUAUGGACAGAUAUGGUGAUACAACUGCAUACUGCUAUUGAUAUGCUGACGAUGUUUGCGUCCGUCUCCCA